CAAGCCGAAAAAGUCAUGGCACUCUCAACAAUACCCAAUUUCACGCGCAAACGUCUUACAAGUGUACUGUGAUUCCUAUUCAAAUCGCGAGUGCUGAUUGAUUCAUCGUGACUUGGUUAAACCUUCCCAGUUAUGUCUACUUGGCGUGCGUUAAACCACCUCGGUCCCCCACCUCGAACCCCCGCAUUCUGGUCUUCCCUUCCUCCACCCGCAAUUAUAGUAUCGUUGGAACCUCAUCUAUUGCUAGAGUACUUACUCCUUGUACUAUACGCUUGUUCCUGCUCCAUAUCAUCUACCGUCCAUCAACCAGGUCUGCGGUUCGUCUUCCCACCUCAGUGGUUCUCGUCGAUCCUUCAAUAUGUCAUCUGCCGCUGGCAGAUUGUCUGCUCUCGCAUCUCAACUCUUACCUUCGGCAUUCUCUUCGCAAAAGACUGUUCCAGAGACCCAAAGCUGUAAUACACAUCAACUAUCUCCCACCUUCUUUCUGCCACGUGCAGCGACAAUCGAACCAAAUGCUCCUGCCAUCUACCAUGUUACUGCAAACAAGAAGAUUCUGCGGAGAAGCUAUCAAGAAUUUGCGGAUCGUGCCAGAGGUCUUGCAUACUAUCUGAGACGCCAUAACUAUAAGCGAGUUGGCAUCUUGUGUCCCAAUACACCUGCUUUUCUGGAAGCCAUUUUUGGGAUUGCGGCUGCAGGAUCAGUCAAUGUUGGAGUCAACUACCGAUUGCAACCGGUAGACAUUACUUACAUCUUUGAGCACUCUGAGGUGGAUAGCAUUAUUGUGGAUGCCGAGUUUGUUCAACUGCUGGAUGGUUUCCGGAAAGCGCAUCCUGACAUUAAGAUCAUCAUCGACACCGAUACUGAUGCGACCGAGGGACAGCUCUCGGGGCCCUUCGAUGAAGCAGUCCUUGAGGGGUUGAAGUACGACAUUGAGACUGGGUCUAAAGGAUGGGAGAAUCUCGAACAUACUACUCCUGACGAAAACUCGCUACUCGCAUUGGCCUACACUUCUGGAACCACUGCGCGGCCAAAAGGAGUGAUGUACUCGCAUAGAGGUGCUUACCUCGCGGCCAUGGGCAAUAUUAUUGAAUCUGGUCUAAAUUAUCAUGGGUCGCAACGUGCCCACUAUCUCUGGACAUUGCCGCUGUUCCAUGCAAUGGGUUGGACGUUCCCAUGGUCAGUCACAGCGGUCCGUGGCACACAUUACUGUUUGAGAAAGAUCGAUUAUCCAGAGAUCUGGCGACUCAUGAAGGAAGAAGGCAUCACUCACAUGAAUUCGGCCCCAACGGUAAACACACUUCUGUGCAAUGAUCCUGGAGCUGAACGAUUACAACAACCCGUUCGUGUAACAGUGGCAGCGAGCCCACCCUCGGCUCAUCUGUUCAAGACCAUGGAGAACUUGAAUCUGUAUCCCGUUCAUGUUUAUGGAAUGACAGAAACGUACGGACCCAUAACCAAAGGCUACCACAUGCAAACAUGGAACCAGCUACCAGGAGACGAGAAGUAUGCAAAGAUGGCUCGUCAAGGACACGGCUUCGUCACAUCUCUGCCUGUGCGUGUGAUCAAGACUGACCUUCCAGACGAUCACAUCGAAGAUGUCGAAAAGAAUGGCAAGGAGAUUGGCGAAAUCGUCUUUUUAGGCAACAUCACCUGUCUCGCUUAUUACAAGGAUGAGGAGGCGACCAGAAAGUUAUUUGCCGGAGGAGUCUUGCACAGCGGCGACCUUGCUGUUGUGCAUGAAGAUAGUGCCAUCCAGAUUCUCGAUCGAGCCAAGGAUAUUAUCAUCUCAGGAGGAGAAAACAUCUCAAGUGUCGCCUUGGAGUCUAUGCUGGUUACCCAUCCGGAUAUUCUCGAAGCAGCAUGUGUAGCAGUGCCUGAUAGUCAUUGGGGAGAGCGCCCACAUGCCUUCGUCACUGCAAAGAAGGAGAGCCUCAAAGGCGAGGAAGUGAUUGAGUGGGCCAGGAACCAGAGCAACAUCAGCCGCUUCAUGGUCCCUAGAGAAGUGACCAUAGUGGCUGAGCUCCCAAAGACGAGUACCGGAAAGCUACAAAAGAAUGUGUUGCGAGACUGGGCCAAGAAGGGGGAGAAGGGGGUGUAAACGGAUGUGGAACUUCCGCAGCCGGACGGGAUUGCGGAUCAUGUUGAUCGACGUUGGCUACAGAAAUAUACGACGCAUCUAUGCGUACGGAUAUUCUGACCAAACAGACAUGCUUAAAAACUCCUGUAGAAUAUAUGUUGUGCUAAAAUCUGUCAUUUUUAGCCAUCUCCCACGACCACACCUGGGGUUAUACAGCCGGCCUGUAGCAAUACACGGUAUUUUCGAGAUCAGUGCAGUCGUCCGCAGAAGAGUAUAAACCGUUCUGCUCUCGGUGGAGGCUACGCAUAAUGUUCACAGAAAUCGUGCAUUUCUAUAGCGAUGUUCAGCACAAGGGGAGGCAGUGAUGUUGAUAGGAUACGCGAAUCACGUCAAACAGCCAUAGAGUGAAAAAAGAAGACAGGU